AUGACCGAUCGACCGGAAAACCUGGUCGAACUCGCAGAGACUGGUGAUGUCGACUUCAUCGUUGGCGACUGGAUGUCCGAGUACUACAUGGCCAUCAGGGGCAAGAUGGUCGCCACUCGAGCACAGGUCAACCAGGUCGAUGCCUUUGAGGAGCAGUUCGUUCACUCCAUUGUCGACGCACUUCCAUUCAUCGAAUCUCGCGGUAUCAAAAUCUCACAGUCGCGUGGGUUGACGGCGACCAAGUACUCCAGCAAGUGCAAAAGUCGACUGGGGAGGGCCACGAGUUCCGCAAUAUCACCAACCGGUCAGCUUUUCAAGGACUGGGACUGCAGCCCCAUAUACUCUGCCCAAUGUUAUCUUGGUAGCUGGGGAAUCAUAGAGACUUUCAACGAAGGGGCCGAUAUUGUCGUCUGUGGUCGCGUAGCCGAUGCUGCCCCACGGUCGCCGCCGCAGCCUAUUGACGUGGAUGGUCGCGAGACUCUCUUUCGGAGCUCGCACACAGCCUCAUCGCGGGUCAUUUCAUCGAAUGUUCUUACUAUGUCACCGGUGGAGAUAGCUUCUUUGCUUGAGCGUCAACUCCGAGAAUAUCUCGACGUCCAUCCCUUCUCCCUUCUCAAAUUCACACUUACUGGGCCGGCUAAUCCCAACCCAAGCUCUCAGGACGCGGCGACUGUAGAGUUCCGAAUCUUUGCACAGUCUGAUAGUGAAGACGCAUUGUCGAAGAAGAACUCCCUCGAUCGUUGCUUCAACAUCAUUAAGUGCACAUACCCAGGUGCCACAUUCGCCGUCGAUACCCGGCAAGGCGUGCCGAAGCCGUACAAUGAGUACUUCGUCACAAUUAUCCCGCAGAAUCUGUUGAGUCACACCGCGCAUAUCCCAGCAAAGAGUUUAUUGAAGAAGAUUCCCACCCCAACAACAACGGCCGAGUACCUAUACGAGCAAGAAGUCGAUGAGACUGCUGAGCCUGUAUCACUCCAGAGCUUUGGCCCUACCUGCACGGCUCCUCUCGGAUACGUCGUGCACGCAAGAUCAGGAGACAAGAGUUCUGAUUGCAAUGUCGGGUUUUACGUUCGGCAUGCUGACGAGUACCCAUGGCUGCGGACAGUUCUUUCUUUUAGCUUCAAAACAGCUUCUACAGAAUGA